CAACAACAGCAACAACAGCAACGGGCGCUGAUGGAGUGGUCCGCGAGGGAGGAGCGGUGGCGGGCUGCCCACAAAAUUGCACACGUCUGCAGAAGAAUGUCAUGACUUUAACUCCCAGUUGUGUUGCAGAUUUCACGAAAGAGUGGGUGCUGUUCAUCAUGCAGCAAUACUACAAGAGCAAUUUUCAAGAGAGCCUCAAAGAAAUUGGCAAGUUCACUGCCGAAUGUGCCGCCGACAAACCCCCAUCUUCCACGGGUUUCGAUAGUAAUGAGAAUCAGACCGAAGUGAGCCAACAUAUUCUAAGCCAGGCCUUCAAGGUGAUGGUGGAUGUGCCUGACCCUCCAAUGUCUGGAGGCCGGGAGAGUGAUGACACCAAGGGGAGUGGCCCCAAUCAUGCCACGGCGCCCAAAGUGUCCGGGAAAGAGAAGGGCAAGGAGAGAGACAACCAAAUGAUCAAAAAGAAGAAGAAUAAGAUCCACCACCUGUUCGUCAAGAUCCCGCCCAAGCGCACCGCCAAAUUCGAGCGCAUGGUCCGUCGCAAUCGCACCCUAGAGCAUGAGGUGUUGGUGUAUGCGGAGUUCCUGAAAGACUUGAAGAAUUUCGUCGAGGCCCGUGUGGGUGAUAAUGUCACCCUGAAGAUUCCCGAGCUGUACCAUGGUUACCAGGCCUCGGAUUGCGAAGGCUCCGUACCUGACAACCACGUCCUCAUUAUCGAGGACCUGACCAAGAAAGGUUUCAAGACACGAGAUUGGUUCACCCACAAAUUAACCCACGAAGAAGUCACUCUGGCUGUGAGUGAGUUGGCCAAGUUUCAUGCCUGCGGCCUCGCCUACAGAAUGUCCUUGAAGGAGGAAAUCGACGAGAAGUACCCCUACCUCGAGGACGACUUGUACACCUCGAACAUGGCCAAGGAACUGUUGGCCAAGUACCUGGACUCCUACCUUCAUUUCUUGUCCCUCCUUCCGGGCAUCCAGGAGCACGUGCUCAAAUUGAGAAAAAUCUCCAAUGAAGUCUUUCAGCUACUCGUGAAGCUGAGGAGGCCGAGUGACCCGCUAGGCACUCGAUUCAAUACUGUUUGUCAUGGUGACAUGUGGAUGGGCAACCUCAUGUUCAAAUCUCAGCCCGAAGAGUCCGAGGAUGGAGGAGGCCCACCGCGCGAUAAAGUGUCCGACUGCAUCAUCAUUGACUUCCAUUCGGCUCAAUUCUUGUCUCCGGCCACGGAUCUGGCCCAUCUCCUGCUGACCUCGACCAGCCGCGAAUAUCGCCUCGAGCACUGGGACGAGGUCAUCGAGGGCUACUACGACACUUUCAAUCGCACCUUGGCCGAAUUUGGACUCAUCCUCCGUCAUUUAGGGACCACCUACAACGAUUUCCUCUACGAAGUCAAGCGAGCUCUUCGAGGCCAAUUCCUCUGCGUUGCCUUUAUCAUUCCCAUUGUGAUAUACUGUGGACCCACGGAAUGGAGGUUCGAGCGACGGCGUGGAUCGUCCUCGGAUCGCAAGAACACCAUUCGGCACUUGAUCCAGAUGAUGGCCAUCCAUGAGGAGGUGCCCGAUUCGCCGGAUGUUGAGGAGGAGGCGCCUGAUUUCGAGGCCGAAAUGAAAGGCAUCCCCAAUGAGUUCAAGGACCUCUACCGGGAUGAGGAGCUCAUUCAAAUCCUCAUUGACCUCAUCCACACUGCGGCUGAUCUGGACAUCUUGGAUUUCCAAGAGUUCUGCAAGCAUCUCGACACGCCCAAACCCAUGUGGUCCAAGACUCAAGCCACCACGGGUAAGCACAAGCCUGUGUAUUGAGGGGAUAACGCACAAAACUGCUGGAACAAAACCAACAAAAAAAAACAUUAGUUAAAUUCGCCCUGCCCACAACCAUCCAACCAACCAACCAUCCGAUCUGCGUCCGAUCAUGAAGAGACACUGUGUCGCCACCUGAUUGUGUCCUAUCAUAUACUACGUAGCUGUGAGUUGUGUUACUGCAUCAAUCAAGAUUUCAAAAUGGAACGAGCCGCCAACAAACAUCAUCAAUUGAGUGGGGGGGUUGGAGGUCCGGCGGGUUCUGGCCUCCCACCAUUGUUUUUGUCGUCCACUCAUCCCCCAUCCCUCGAUCCAUUCAUCCAUGUAUGCAGGUACAGUUGCGGUUCUCAACGGUUGGGGAGAAGAGGGCUGUAUGACAACUGACCGGCGGCGGCAUUGUGAAUCGUUAAAACAAAGCCUUUGCCCAAGACUGGACAUGUUCCACAAAACCAUAGUAUCAAUAUCCAAGCAUCAAGCCGUCAAAAAAUUCUUCACCCAAUUUAGUCCAAGCACGCUUGACGUCAAUUCAGUUAUUUAUGGACUCUUCAUGGUUUCAAGGAACAAGUUUAGCCAUUUACGAUGCUCGUUGCUUUUGAUCCUGUUGUGAGUGUGCUCGAUGCAGGCAGUUCUUGUGCCUCCAAAGCUCGGGUUUGGCUUUCCUUCCAAUUCCUCGCGUCAAAGGAGGACAAUAUGUGGAAAGGUAAACCACGAGGACAAAAUCCAUGCCAAAUCAAAUCAUGAGUGUCAAACAAAAAAAAGGUCCCAAACCAAUUAUCAUGAAUGAAACAUAUUAUGAGCUCAUCAAUGGUCAAUCUAUAUCUAUCUUUCCGCAUAUACAUAUUCACACAACUCGGCGAAGAAUUAUAAAACCGAUACAUGAUUUCUAGUGAAAUAAACGUACAUAAUCCAACAA